AUGGCUAGUGAGGAGAGUUUUGUUGUUUUGGUGCACCACAGAGGAUCUGUUAAUAGAAAAACUCGUUCCGGAGUAAAGUUCAUAGAUAAGAAUCCUCUAUGUAUUGUCAUAACAUCUACGACGAGUUACGAUGAGCUUGUUAGCGCUGUACUAAUGAAGCUUGGUCUGGAGGGUGCGAAGCGGGUAAAGAAGUUUUUCUAUCGCAUUCCAGUCACGGUGCUACAGAAUACGGUGAAGUAUGAUUGCUUCACGAUUAAUAAUGAUGCGGACUUGCAAGUAAUGUUUCUCUGUCGGCGGCAGUUUCCGGAGGUGAGGACACCGGAGUUGUUGGCCCGGCUGGCUGAUGUUGUAUCCAGCUCCGGCGGUUCGAACAGGAAUACGAACACUAUAGCGAAUGCAGCAGGUUCUAGUUCCCGGCCUGCCGUUGCUUCCUCGUCCGUCCCUGUGUACGAACCAGUGGUCGAACAUGUCGCCUCCCCAUCUUUCGCUGUUGACCUCAAUGCCACCGAAGGCGACGAGGUAGUGGAAAGGGAAAAUUUGCCGAACGCUUUAGUGGGAGUUGCACCUGUUGGUGUAGGAGACGGUUUUUUGGACGAUGAAGACGAGGAUGACGUCGAGCCGGAUAUGAUUGACGAUGAUAGCGCUGAUGAUAUUGGAGCGACUGGGCCUGCAUUGGAGGUAGGUGGUUCUAGCUCUGGCACACAGUAG